AUGACUGUUCCCGAGUCGCAACGCGCUGGACCUCCCCCAUUGCCUCUGCGAAAGCCCUCGAGCUUGCAGCAGAAUCAGAAGCCGCUUGUUCAUGGCGGUCGCCAAGCGAAGUAUAACUGCAGCUGUGGCACCAACCAAGAGAAAGUUAUUUGCAGCUGUGCCACAUGCCAGACCGCCCUCCGCGGUCCCGACUCACCAUGCAGCUACUAUGGUAACUGCGUCGAGCCACUUGCCUGGAACAUUGAAAACGAACUCGUCAGGACGCAGGAUCAAUGUCCAUUGUUCACCAAACUCCCCAUGGAAAUCAGGACUCUCAUCUUCGAAUUUGCUCUCACGGACACAGGCGCCAAACAGAAAUCUAUCGCAAGCCUAUUGAAGCGCUUGGCUCCCCGAGGCUCACCUGAGAGUAAGGUCAUGACCUGCGACAUGGCCACGACCCUAUUGCAAACAUGUCGAGCAGUCUACCUGGAAACAUGGAACCUCCCACUUUCGCUAAACCCCUACAUCAAGAUUGAACCUACCGGACGAGGACCCACAGGCGUGAACUUGAAAGCCCUGCUUCCCUGGCAACUAAGCCUCAUCCAACGCCUCGACAUCUCCGUAAAACAAGUCGACCUCGAAGGCGAGUACCUGCAUUCCUCCAUCCACGCCAACUCCCACUGGCAGCCCGGCGCGCGCCACAAUGGCGUCUACGUAGCUCCGCGUGCCUACCAAGACAUCUUCGGUACCUGCACCCUGGAGUAUCCCCAGUCCUUCAACUGCGCCCUGAUCUCCGCGGAGGAGGAGUGCGAGCGCCAUUUCCUCUCGCACAUCCUCGGCGACCAGGACAUUUUUGAUCGAGACGCGCCGCCGCCGUGGAGCUCGGCUAUGCGCGUCGCGACUGCGAAACCGAUCACGCAUUUGACGCUUCGCAUGCGCCAUGCGGAUUGGUGGACGUGGACCGACGACCCCAACAGCUCCGAUGAACUCCAUCAUCUUGCGCUUGACCCGAGCGUCGGAGAUGGAAGUGCUGACCAUCCUCGACGCCCGACGGCGUCGCGCAUGCGCGCACUUGCUGAGGAGCGUCGUGCUGGUAGGCAUCCAGAGGUAAAGCCGGACGUGGGCUGGGCAGAGACAAUUGCGCAAAUGCCAGAUCUUCGGAGCUUCGAGAUGGUGCUAGAGACGUAUGCGAGCAAGAAGGGGCAGUUGGAUGCUGUGGUGGAGGCGGCGAAGACGUGGAGGUUUGGGUUGGAUGGGGGGGUUUGGGAGUUGGUGUGGGAUGGAAAGGUGGGUGUGAGUAGUUGGAGUCGGAGCGGGAAGAAGGUGACAGAUAAUGCUGAGUGGUAUCUUCGGGAGAAUGCGUUUGAGGUGCGGGAUGUGAGGUUCACGAGGAAAAGGGUGGCAUGA